CUGAGGCGGCAGCCACGCUUUCGGCGACGCCCGGUUUGUGUGUGUGUGUGUGUGUGUGAGAGAGAGAGAGAGAGAGAGAGAGAGAGAGAGAAAGAGACGAGGGCAGGGAGUGUGGAGGUGCUCACACCGUUGUCGUGCUCUCCGCUCCUCGUAAGCUGCUUUCGUGCUUGUCCAGAGGAACACAGAGAGAGAGAGAGAGAGAGAGAGAGAGAGAGAGAGAUGAAGUACGUAUUGGUGACGGGGGGAGUGGUGAGCGGACUGGGGAAAGGGGUGACGGCCAGCAGCAUCGGCGUCGUCCUCAAGGCGUGCGGGCUCCGCGUCACCUCCAUAAAAAUCGAUCCUUAUCUCAACACUGAUGCGGGGACUAUGUCUCCGUUUGAGCAUGGGGAAGUCUUCGUCUUAGACGAUGGUGGCGAGGUGGACUUGGAUCUCGGAAACUAUGAACGGUUCCUCGAUAUCAAAUUAACUCGUGACAACAAUAUCACGACUGGAAAAAUCUAUCAGUCCGUCAUCGACAAGGAGAGGAGGGGAGACUAUCUGGGGAAAACAGUCCAGGUCGUGCCACAUAUCACAGAUGCCAUACAAGAGUGGAUCGAACGUGUAGCGAUGAUACCUGUGGACGGUAAAGAAGGACCAGCUGAUGUUUGUGUUAUAGAAUUGGGUGGAACUAUAGGGGAUAUUGAGUCAAUGCCAUUCAUAGAAGCUUUGGGUCAAUUCUCUUACCGUGUAGGGCCCGGUAACUUCUGUCUGGUUCAUGUUAGUCUCGUACCAGUUCUUAAAGCAGUUGGGGAGCCGAAAACUAAACCGACCCAACAUAGUGUUAGGGGACUACGAGGACUUGGGCUGACACCAAAUAUUCUAGCCUGCCGCAGUGAUAAGCCGUUGGAUAUAAAUAUUAAAGAAAAACUCUCACUGUUUUGCCAUGUUCCGGUUGCCAAUAUCAUUAAUCUCCAUGACGUUACAAACAUUUGGCACAUUCCUUUAUUGUUGAAGGAGCAAAAGGCACAUGAAGCUCUUCUGAAACUAUUAAACCUUCAAGGAUGUGCUGAGGAACCCAUGCUGGAAGAAUGGAUGGGUAGAGCUAAACUCUAUGAUAUGUUGCACAAGACUGUCAGAAUUGCUAUGGUAGGAAAAUAUACUGGUCUUUCUGAUUCUUACCUCUCUGUUUUGAAGGCUCUUUUGCAUGCUUCUGUUGCUUGCCGAAGAAAACUUGUCGUGGACUGGGUCCCAUCAUCUGAUCUUGAAGAAACAGCUGCGAAAGAGGCACCCGAAGCCUACGACGCAGCAUGGAGGCUUUUGAAUGGUGCAGAUGGGAUACUAGUCCCAGGAGGCUUUGGGGACAGAGGGGUGCAGGGAAAAAUCCUUGCCGCUAAAUAUGCCCGCGAAAACAAAAUUCCGUAUCUUGGCAUUUGUCUUGGCAUGCAGAUCGCCGUCAUCGAAUUCGCUCGCUCCGUUAUGAACUUGAGGGAGGCAAAUAGCAUGGAGUUUGAUCCCGAUACAACUGCUCCCGUUGUCAUUUUUAUGCCAGAGGGUUCCAAGACACACAUGGGAGGUACCAUGAGACUUGGAUCGAGGAGGACCUUUUUUACGGUUGCUGAUUGCAAAUCUGCAAAGCUGUAUGGCAAAGUCAGCUUCGUGGACGAACGGCAUCGACAUAGAUAUGAGGUAAAUCCUGAUAUGGUCUCAGAAUUUGAAAAGGCUGGUCUUGCUUUCGUCGGUAAAGACGAGACAGGAAAACGGAUGGAGAUCAUCGAGCUGCCUUCUCAUCCAUACUAUGUUGGCGUGCAAUUUCAUCCGGAAUUCAAGUCUAGACCUGGAAAGCCCUCUGCUGUUUUCUUAGGACUGAUAGCCGCAUCAUGCCGGCAGCUGGAUUCAUGGCUGCAAGCUUCUAACGGGCAGAUCAGCCCGGCGGCGCCGCAUGCUCACAGCAAUGGCUACCCGAGCCCCAGAACGUACCGAAACGGCGGGGGGAGCCUGAAGAAGCCCGCCGUCAAGAGCCUGGUUAACGGAGGAAGCUUCCAUUCGAAUGGCAAUGGGCUGCAUGUCCACCAGCACAGCAGCACGUAGGCACCCUCCUCUUGCUGGUUUUCUUUUUCUCUUCUUCCAUCCGAGGAUUCCUCCUCAUGUACAGUACAGUCGAUCGAAUGGAUCUGUAUCGUUCCAAAGGAAGAGCGUGGUGGUGCAUGGAUGAUGCUGGUUCCACUGUUUUUCACAAGGAAACCAGCAUCGUGUUCGUGCAGCCAGCCAAGAGUUUUUAUUUUAGGUUUGAAUGAUGUUGAUUUGUUUUGGUUUGUGAGGGGCUGUGGUGCUUUAAGUAACAUCUGUACCUCAUUCCAGCAGGAAAAGGCCUCGGAAGAAUACUGUCGUAUCGCGUUAUAAGUAAAGAUCCAAUGUUUGGAUGGAGUUGAAUC